AUUAUAUUUGAAACGCUUUGAUGUGAUGGUAGACAGAUAAUCUUGGCAACGUCGCACGUUGCAUCUGUCAAUCAUUUAUUUUAUUUUUUUUCGUUGCUAAAUGUUUAGUCUGUGUAUUUACAGAGUGUGUUGUGUGCGUGUGCGGUGUAUCUGGAUAGGAUUUGGUAUAAAGAAAACAAUAAUAAAUGGGAAUCGUCGUGUGGCAGGACCAGGACGAGUCGCAAAUGGAUGGCAGAUGUAAUAAUUGAAACGUUGGAGAGGAAAAAAUGAAUAAUUUAAUUAAUGCAACAACGUGAUUGAAUUCACACGACCCAGGGAAAACGCUCUUGCACUUGCAUUAAGAAAAUCGCAGAUACCUGAAUAAAAAGGAUUACAGGCAAUGCUUGCUUGCUUGCUACCCCAGUCAUUAGAUUAAAUCAACCCCCGAGAUGGGUCUCCACUGCAUGCACCAAUGAUGUGCGAAUGGUCUGGUGAGCACACACAGAUAACUCAAGAGCAGUGACUUUAGCAGCAAUAUACAGAUUUAUCAAAAGAAUCAACAAUAAGAUGGAAAUGAUUAAACCGAUUCUAGAGCAAAUAUAUUUGGUUCCGAGGGCUAUAUUCCGGUUAGGUUUCAUAAUUGUGAAUAACGCGUACUGCGUGCCCACGUACGUAGUAUGGAUGAUCCUGCUAUCUCCUCUGAGGAAAAUCAAUCCGGAGACAUUCUGGAAGAUCGAGGGAUACUUUUUCCAUUGGCUACUGGCCAUGGUCUCGAUGUGGAGCUGGUCGGCCGGAUACGAUGUUGUGGAAGUAGGAGAUGACAUAAGUGAUUGCCUGGAUGACAGGACUUUGGUAUUGGCGAAUCACCAAUCCACUGCAGACGUGCCCCUUCUGAUGGCGUGCUUCAACACGCGGAAAAAUGUCCUCCCGAAUUUAAUGUGGAUCAUGGACAGCCUGUUUAAGUACACGAAUUUCGGUAUCGUGAGCGUUCUGCAUCAAGACUUCUUUAUCAAAUCCGGUAAGCAGAAGAGGGAUCAAUCAGUACAAGAUUUGGUUCGUCAUUUACUAGAAUCUUAUAUACCUAGGUGUAGGAAAUGGAUGGUACUAUUCCCUGAAGGCGGCUUCCUGCGGAAACGGAGAGCCGUUUCCCAGAAGUACGCCCAGAAGAAUAACCUUCCAAUACUGAAUAACGUGACGCUGCCGAGAAUUGGCGCGCUGCAAGCUAUAAUCAACACAGUUGGACCAGGACGGCCCUCAAACAAUAACUCGAUUAUCGAAGAAUCGACGAACACGUCGCAGAAACUUGCCUGGAUAUUGGAUAUCACAAUAGCUUAUCCAAAUGGGGAACCUUUGGACUUAAAGACUAUAAUAUUCGGACACAAGGCGCCUUGCAAAACGACGUUCUUUUACAGGUUGUAUCCUUGCAAGGAUGUCCCGCAGGAGAACGAGGCCAUGUCGAAGUGGCUGUUCGACAGGUUCGAAGAGAAGGAACGUAUGCUGGAGACGUUCUAUAAGACGGGACGAUUCCCUGUCGACAGCUACAGCAGCAACCCGACGCAGCCUCAGCUCGUAGCGCAGGACUGUCUAAGGUUUCUCAUCCUACACCUAUUCUUUAUCACGUCCACCUACAUUCACGUGCAGAUGUUCUUGGCCGCCUACGAUUAUUAUCAUUACCUUAUCAAUUAGCACAUGGCCGUUGCUUCUUUGGUCUAUAUCAUUGAGAUGUAUUAUAUUUAGGGAGAGCGAGGAUCAGAUUUGUUUUCCUUUUUCGUGUUUUCUUUUUAAUUAUUAUCAUUGUUUACUUAUUGAUUUUUACCCAUUCA